CUCUUCACUCCGGCCAUGGCUGCGGCGGCGAUGGUCGUUGCAUGCUGUCUCGCGGCGUGCCCGAGCUUGGCGAGCGCCGGCGGCGGCUUCUACGAGAACUUCGAGGUGGUGUGGGGCGACGACCCUCACCCUGAGCGGCGCGUCAAUGUCAUCGACGACGGGCGGGUGGUGUCGCUCACCCUCAACAACGUGUCCGGGUCCGGGUUCCAGUCCAGGGACGCCUUCCUCUUCGGCGAGUUCACCAUGGCCAUGAAGCUCGUGCCCGGCGACUCCGCCGGCACCGUCACCACCUUCUACCUGACGUCCAAGGACCCGACGGCGGCGGGGGACGGGCACGACGAGAUCGACUUCGAGUUCCUGGGCAACGUCAGCGGCGAGCCGUACUUGCUGCAGACCAACGUGUUCGCGCAGGGCGUGGGCAACAGGGAGCAGCGCUCAUACCUCUGGUUCGACCCCACGCAGGACUUCCACAACUACACCAUCCUCUGGAACCCUCUCAACAUCAUCUUCUCGGUGGACGGCACGCCGGUGCGAGUCUUCAGCAACCACGAGUCGCUGGGCCUGCCGUACCUGAGCCGGCAGGCGAUGAAGGUGCACGCGACCAUCUGGGACGGCAGCGCCUGGGCCACGCGCGGCGGCCGGGACAAGACCGACUGGUCGCACGCGCCCUUCGUCGCCUCCUACCGGACCUACGGCACCGCCAGCGCCUGCGUCUCCUCCUCGCCGGCGAGCGACAACGGUGGCGCGCCUACCUUCUGCUGCCCGACCAACGCUGUGUCGGGACACGACGGCGGGUGGAUGACACGGCGGCUGGGGCCGGACGGCGAGCGCGCGAUGGCGUCGGCACGGGACAAGUACAUGGUCAUGGACUACUGCGAGGACCCCUGGAACAUGGGCCGCCCCGCCGAGUGCGACAUCGACCAGCUCGGCUCCGGCGGCCGUGCUAGCACAUAAGACGUGUACCAGACAGGCGUAGGGUGUUUGUGUUCGUGCCCAGUCUUGCCACUGAGACGUGACGUAUACCGUAUAUAGAUAGAUGUACGGCCGGGGAAUUUCGAAGGAGUUUCUGUAGCGAAUCAUCGAUAAGAAUGGUUCAGGAAACCUGUCCCCGUUGUAACUUUCCACCCAGUGAUUCGCGUACAGAAGCUAAUUAAGAUGGUGCCAAUCUUGUUUUUUCAAAAA